AUGACACAAAAAGGAAAAGAGGAUGAAGGAAGUGAUAUCCUUUCUGAUUCUCUAUUAAAUCCUCAAAACAUAGGUAAGGAAUUUGAACUUUUUCAAUUUAAUACUGAAAAUGCGGAUUUGUUUUAUAGUGAAAAUGCAAAAGAUUAUGUGGGACCCUCUGAUGAAGAAAUUGAUAAUGCAGAUGAAAAUCAAUGUAAGAAAUAUAUUGAGGAGUUAAAGCAAGCAUAUGGAAAAGGUGAAAAACCAGGCAAAAUGGAUAAAACCCAUUCUGAAUUGCAAAAUUUAGUAGAUUUGAUUAAUAGCACGGGAACCUAUUAUGAAAUCCACAGCGAAAUAGGUUAUACGGCACCAAAAUAUAAUGAAGUAAAGGCGAAAGUAGAAGGCGGAGACCCUAAUUUUUCUAAGUAUUUAAUCCAAUUUAAAACAGAAAGUGAAAGGUCAGAGAAUGGGGUUUCAGCCAACCAAGCACUACCGACCCUAACGUUAGGGGAAAAAAUUGAGGAUAAAUACUUUUAUCUUUUUAAAAACACAGCUCUAACCGAUGAUGAAAGAAUUCAGAAAUUAAAUGAAAAAAAAGCAAAAAAGCAAGCUUUCAAUAAUACUAAGGAUGUAAGAAAGAAAAUCGAGAAUAUUUUGGAACGCAAGGAUAAAGUAAUUAAUUUAAUUGAGGAUUUAGUAGCAGGUAGAGGUCCAGAUACACCAGAUAUUUCCCAAGUGCGAGACCGAGCCAAAAGUGAUAUUCAGACUGAACUAAACACAGCACCCAAAACCGAAAAUAGUGAAUUAGGGCAAAAUGCUGAUUGGGAAAAUAAAUUAAAUGGUUUAGAUAAAGAGAAUGAAAUUAAUAAUUUUAAAAAUAAACUAAUCACUGAAAUUAAAAAUAUUAGAACUAGAAAAGAAAGUGGCAGUAAACUGGAUAAACUUUUAGCCGAAGCCAAAAGCAAAGAAAAUUAUGAAGAAUUGGAACCGGUUAUGAAAAAUAUUGCCAAAUUUUCAAGAACUACCGCUUAUAAAAAUAAAAAAACCGAAAUUGAAGCCCAACAGAGAAGAUUACAAGAUUACGACCCUACCGGAAAGAAAUAUGCCAAAACAGUUCAUACAAUAAUCGGAGAGGCUUUGAGUGAGGUUAGUCUAAACGAGCAAGAUUUAGGUGAUAAAAUUAAAAAAGAUUUAAAAGACCUAAAAGAUAAUAAUAUCUCUGAUAAACAAAAAAUUAAAGGAAUUGAGGAAGCGGCUUUAAAAAAAAUUGGGGAAACUAAUGCUAAUAAAAAAUUCAAACUUAUAAAAGACAAAGCCGAUAAAGCCAUAAGUAGCAAUGAUAAAACUAAAAUUGACGAGGCGAAAACAGAGAUAAAUAAUUUUCUAGCCAUUGAUGAUAUCUACUUUCAAGCCAAAAAUACCGAGGCUCAGCAGUUAUUAAAGUGCUUAAAUAUUCCUAAUCAGCAUAAUAAUGGUGGUGAUAAAGAUAACUCUUCUAAUUUCCCUUGA